CAAGACGGCAACGGACACACUGGACACUGAGGCACGCAAUCUUCGCUGGUGGAUUACGGCUGGUUUUUGGGGUGCGCGUUACUCAACGCGCUGUUUUGAGCUAGAUCUGGGACGGAAGGGAAAACUAGACGGAAGGGAAAACUACUGGGAAAAAGUGGCGCUGUGCGUGAGGAAUGAUCUGCGUGUUAGUUGGGUGAGCGGACUAGAAGGAAGCAGUUCCCUUUCGGCGACAAGUGCGCAGCGUUGGAAUACGGGCCGUCUUUUUGUCCUUUUAGCUCGGUGCUGGUCUGACUGGUGCAAGUGUACUGGAAUGGCGGAAAAUUCCGUUGCUCCUGCACCAAGGAUACACCACAGUGUGCUGCCUGUUGGAAUUCAACCAACGGCACCAAGAGAGUACCGUCCGCCAUUAUCGAUCAUCAAAUUUUUGGAGCUGUCACUGGCGGUUACCUGUACCACGCUGCACUACUACAGCUUCAACGAUGGUGAUCUGGUGACGGGCUUCCUGGCAACCGGGACGUUCUGUGGCUUUAUCGUGAUUCUGUUCACCGUCAUGGCAGGCUACCUGAUGAAGGCGCCCCUUCAUCGUCGAUUGAGCAUCUUCUACAGCCUCCUCGGCUGCGUCUGCUUCCUGACGUCCGGCGUUUUCAUUAUCGAGGCGUGGGAGCAUGCGUUUCGCACACGGACCCGCGAUCUCGCCAUCACCAAGGGCUCGAUCUCGGUUAUCAACGGGGUGAUCUUCCUGAUGGACACGAUCUUUACCUUUCGUGAGCGCAAGUGAACAGCGCGCAAUCGGGGUGCUCUGGGUGCCCCACACCAUCUGGUCCGACGUUUAGCGGUCGCCAGGGGUUUGAGUGUUUGGUUUGGUUUGUUUUAGAUGGUUGUCUGUAGUUUUGUAAUAAAAUUGUAACAAGGUGUUGUAACUAACGCAACGAGCGCUGUUGGUGGAUUCUGAAUUUAGAAUGCCAUCGUGCUCAAAGGUUUUAGGUAAAUUGGUUUUCAUGGUGCACAAUUUCUAUUACAAUUAAUAUUUAUUUUCCUAUGUGUGAUUUUAUGGCACACGUAGUUUUUAUGAACAAAUUAAAAGGACCUUCAAACACGAUCAAACACAUUCGAUAAAACAUUAUUCACUACGAUUUUUAAAGGGAAAGGGCCCAUACAGGUUUAAAGUUUAAAAAAGAGUUAAGUUUAAAGAGUUUAAAAAAGAAAAAAUCCAAAAAACUAUCCAAUAAUAACAAUAAAUACCUAAUAUGUGGAGACGUUAACGCACGACACCGAAUUGGAAUUGUAUCACUGCUAAUCAAGCUGGUAGAUCCAUUUUUUGAGAUAUCCAGAAAUCCCAUUUCAAUGUAUACAUUCAUUCAAACGCUCUCACAUACAUUCAUUCAAACUCUAGACAAAAUCCGUCUGCAUUUUAACAGAUAACAAUAAUGAUAUUUCUACGCCAAUCUCCCUAAGAACUUGCUUCCGAUCAUUUGUUAGUAAAAAUUCAAAUAAAAAAAUAUAUCACUAAUUAAUAAACCCAAUCCAUUAGCAUAUAGCAAAGAUGCAUUAACAAUCAAUAUUACUAUCACAGAGCUGAAUCUAAUUUUGCAAACAUCUUAAAUAGAUGAAAUGAUAAUAAAAGCUACCAAUGACAUCAAAUAUGCUCAUCAUAUAGCCAGAGUUCCAGAAAUAUGUCGUGGAAAAUCAUAACAUCAUAAUACCGAUGAGGAUGAGGUUGUAUCUCUUAUAUAAGUGCGCAAUGAGUAUAGGAAAAAGGGGCAGCGACACAGGCAAAUUCAACUUACCUACGGCUUAAUGAAACCAUCGACACUAAAACACCACUCUAAACGCUGCUUGGUCAGAUAAUCUUGAAUCAAAUAAACAGUGUUCAGAAUUACAAUGGUAGAAUAUAGAAACUAGUAAAAAUGUUGAUCAAUGUGCCAAAAAACUAUCCAAAAAACAAUACAGAAAUUCGCUAAUAACCGCAAGAAGAAAUGUAAUGCUCUCAAAACAAAUUUUGAAUACGAAAAUAACACCAUUAGCCACUAUAUUAGUUAUUUAGAAAAAAGAAAAAAUAAUCUACUGCAAAUAACUAAUUAUGUAUACGAUAGCCCGCAGUAAGCUAAAAAAAACUAGGGAUCUUUAUUUAUGAACUGCUGGACUACUUUUUAGCCGGUCUCGUAGUACAGUCGUCAACUCGUACGAGUUAACAACA